AUGCAACACACAUCAUCACUGAAUGGUAAAAAACAACAAAUGAGUAAUUCUCAAGACAUAGAACUAUCGGAUGCUGCAUUGAAGAGAAGAAGAAAAAGUAUCCGUGAUGAUGAUAUUAGCAUGAGAAAGCAAUCAGACAGUGAUAAGACAAUGCUACCGCAGAAGAAGCGUGUGUUUGCGUCGAGUAAUUGCGGUAGUCCAGCGCGAAAAGCUAGCAAGAAUUCAGAAGAGCCGGAGGACGACGAGACACUGAUUAGAGAGACUGAGGCAGCGCUGAAGAGUUUAUCGGGAAGCUGGCCGGGACCUAGUGGUGGUUUGUACCAGCGUGGUGGAUCUGAUGACGAUCGCUACGAGUCCAACUUCGAGAAUCUCUUCGAGGAGAAGAAAGACACGCCAAAGCUGUCACCAUGCUCAGUAUCAACAUCAUCAACGACGAGCAACGAGGCAGGAUGUUCCUUGAAGGACGUGAUAACCUUCCGCGGGCAGGAUAGAAGGUCCUUCCAGCAGAUAAGACCGCAGCAGCUGAAAACUAAAAAAGACAUGGAUGUAAUGAGAAUGGAGGCAGAUUGUCCUGUGCAGAACAGCCUUAAGAGCAGAAGCUUGAAAGACAGAAUCGAACGAUUGCCUAACGAGAAGUAUUCCCGCUACGACCCUCCAGAUUUCAACGAACUCGUCGAUGACUCGUCUAAUGAAUUAGAAAUCGACAUGUCCGAUCCCCUCGCGGAGAAGGACGACGAGGGAGACCAGCGGUCAGACGACAAGAGCAAAGAUAGCACAGCAGAAGGAUCAUCAUCAUCACCAUCCGGAAGACACCUGUUUUCCCCAACCUCAGCGACAUCGUACUCAUCAUCAGCUUUCAGACCACCAAACACAGACCACACGAAGCCAGUAUGUAGAACACCAUCAGCAUCAACGUCGAGCCCACCAAUCGGUCCUUACCCAGCAUUAGCAACGUUCGUCGGUUUUCCCACACCAGUUCCAGGCCCGGUAAUGCCAGUCCCACAACCGGUUAUCCCGCCCUCCAGCGAGGAGAAAAACACCUCUGUAUCGCUUCUACAGUUGAAAUCACCGAAAGAGGAGCAGCAUCAGAGUCAGAGUAUUUCAAAAAUAACUCCAUCGAAAACACCAGCUACUGGACUACCACCAGCUGCAAGUCCCGAAAUUAACACCUCCAAGCAAUACACGAUUUUGCAACCAGCUGGUGUUGGCUCGAGAGCAGCCAGUGCUAUACAAGACAUCACCAGGGAGGGAGUUGUUAGUGUCACUGCUGUCAGCAGCUCCAGUGGAAGUAACAGUUCCACCAGUAGUUACGCCAGUUCUAAGAAUGGGAGCAAUAGUGGCAUUAGCGGAUGCACGGCUAGUUGCGUUACAACGAAUACGACUACAACUACCACUGCCGUUGGUGAUAUUUCUACUACGACGGGUGGUCAGGACGUUAUGAAGAUUCAGGAGAGGAAUUUCGAUGGCAAUCGACCUGGCAUGUCCAUGUCACCGUCCAGUAUUGGCAGAGAGGGCAACAAGUGCCCAACCCCAGGUUGCACUGGUCAAGGUCACGUAACUGGACUCUACUCGCACCAUCGCAGUCUAUCUGGGUGUCCCAGAAAGGACAAACUUACGCCUGAGAUGUCCGGGAUUCCCCCCGAGUUCAUAAGCACGAACCUGCUCCCAGGUUCUAUGGAUGUCAAAGGCUACUCGAUCUACUCAUCACAAGCACCCGAGACAAAGCCAGUCGUAGCCUCGCCAACGUACGAUUAUUACAAAACUCCUGGUCUCCACGUGAAGCCACCAAAAACCCCCGAGGACCAAAAUCCCCGAAGUUCUUCAAAAGUAACCCCAAAAACAGAGGUAUCGCCACCGACGACCUGUUGCAGUGCGAUACCUCCCCGGAAUCCCGAGCUUCUAGUCCCGAAGACUGAGGAUACGUCGUCUUGUCGAGUGAAUUCGCCACCACCCCCACCACCCCCUAGACAGACAUACGACGCAUAUAUGAAUCAGGAUUCGAAUUCCUCGUCGAUGUCGUCGUUGGACAUGGGUUCAAGAUCGAUUGGAACGAUUCAUCAUUCAACACAGCAUUCAAGUCAUCACGUCUUGCCGAUGCAACCGACGGUGACCUACCCAAUGACAAUGGUGGACGACACGAGAAUGACGCACCAGAUGUCGCAGCGAUCUCCUUAUGAACCCUCGAUGAUGGCAGCUGUGGCUACAACCAGCGAGGAUAUCUAUCAUCACCGAAGUGCUGAGCAUCGUGCCUACAUGCAUCAAACGAGCAACGGAAUCGCGCGACCGGUUGUUACCUACUCCAAUGACGUUGGAGCUGCACGAGGGUACGAGAAUGUCUCGAGCGCAACGAACCAUCGGCCGUACGAUCCGGGUUCCGCUUCCGGCUACGAGCGAUACGACAGCCAAAGUUGUGGACCUUUUCAAAGUCAACAGGCUCAGCAGCAACAGCAGCAGCUCCACUCGAGAGCGAACAUGUAUUACCUUGGGCAAACUGGGAUGACGGCUGAUGAGCAGGAGAGGGUUUAUCAGCAAGAAGCCACUGCGGUCCAGCAGCACCAGAUGGCGAUGGCUGCAGCUACCGGUGUGAUGAUCAAGUCUGAAGAAGUCAAGUGUGUGCAGAUGCCGAAGAGCGGACCACCGACAUCACCAGGUGGUUCGGUCAUGGAUUUGUCGACAUCCAGCGUCACCUCGACGAGUCCACAGGCUCCACCCUACGGUUCCAACAGCCUCAGUCCUCAGUACGGUGGGGGACAAACUGUGGGUGGAAGUCCUCAAGCUGCUGCCAGUCCGCACCUGACGGCCAGUCCGCAAGUACCAAGUCCGCAAGGACAAACACUGGAUCUCAGCGUCAACAGGCUUCACAGCGGUGCUCCCAGUCCACAGUACCCAACCUCCCACGGCGAUGCUGUUCCCGUUGCAGUGGGUCCACCCUUCCCAGCCCCUCGACCAAUCGAGGAACAGACAGAACCCGUUGACUUUUCAACAGCCAACGAACCCGUCAAUUUUAGCGGUGGUCCUGGAAUCAGGCCCGUAGGUUUUCCACCACCAGGUGUUCAUGCAGCCGCUUACAGCCGAGAAAGCACACCCGAUAGCGGUGUCUCCCACUACAUGGACGCAUACAGAGAUCCAACUGCAUACGGGCCAAUGAGUCCCCACCCAGGUUACGGGAUGACCGGCGUCCAACCAGAAUACCCAGGCAAUACAUACACCCCGUACCCAACAGCUGGCUACAACUGCACCGGUAGCUAUCCAGGCGGACCAGUAACCUCCAGCUACCAAAUCCCCACCGGCUAUAGUCCAGCGCCCUGCUACAGCAUGCCACCACCCCAGCACACAAUCAGCGGUCUCGACAAAUCUUCAGGAAAAGACGACAGUCUCUCGGGCUGUCCGAGAGCAGAUCGCUCCCAGAUCCAGGCGCACUCGCAGGAAUUGAAGUGUCCGACGCCGGGAUGCGACGGCUCGGGCCACGUCACCGGCAACUACAGCUCCCACAGAAGCCUCUCUGGCUGUCCCAGAGCGAACAAACCCAAGAGUAAACCUAGGGACGGACAGGACUCUGAACCGCUCAGGUGUCCAAUUCCUGGUUGUGAUGGAUCAGGGCAUGCUACUGGUAAAUUCCUGUCUCACAGAAGUGCAUCCGGUUGUCCAAUAGCAAACCGCAACAAGCUCCGAGUCCUAGAAUCCGGUGGUACAGUGGAGCAACACAAGGCAGCAGUGGCAGCAGCGACAGCAAUGAAAUUUGAGGGUGUUAACUGUCCCACCCCAGGAUGUGACGGUAUUGGUCACAUAAAUGGCUCAUUCUCAACCCACAGAUCACUCUCGGGCUGUCCAAUAGCCGGCAACACCCUGAGGAAGCCCAAAUUUGAGGACAUGACCAGCAUGUACAGCAAAGGAAUCGCCGGAGUGGACACCGGUGGUCCGGCUCAGGGUGGUGCGUUGGGUGCGGGUCAGGGAAGCACAAGCGGUAACAUUGUACCUGGUGGUCAGGGCGAGGAUCUGUAUACAUUGGAAGCUGAAAUCACUGAAUUACAGAGAGAAAAUGCGAGAGUUGAGUCGCAGGUUAUGCGUCUGCGCUCAGAGGUUACAGCUAUGGAGAAUCAUCUGAAGCAAGGGGACAAGGAAACAACGGUGAUUGCCCAGCGAAAUAAUCAUCUGACUGAUUACUAUCAAUCACUUCGUGACAACAUGAUAACAUUUCUGGAGCACGUGAGGAUACCUAGCGCCCCUGGCGGUCCACCGGAGAAAAUGGGACACGAAAAUUUCGACAGCUAUUUAACAAAAUUACAAACACUUUGUACCCCUGAUGGAUACUGCGCUGAUGAAACUAAUCGUCCAACAUAUGAGACUGUGAAAACUGCAUUGCAGGACUUUACAGUUCUGCCAACGCCCAUCUGAGACCAUCAGUCACGUGGAUAGAGUAGGCAGGUCAUUUAAAUCGCGAUGAUGGUGAUAAUCAUCAUCGACGAAAUGCAUAUGACUGAGAAUUUGGGAUAUAGAAAACUGUUAAGGAUUGAAAUUUUUCUGACUUUCGAGAUUGAAAAACGAGGGAUGA